CAAUGAGGUAAACAAACAAAUUCCACAUGUCUAUCGCAGUUUUAAUUUCAAGUUUUGUUUACUGGAAGAGAAGCGAUGAACUCCAACUGUAAACAAAGUUUCAAAGAAUGGUUUCCAGAGCAAUACAUCAAUGGAGAAGAGGCAAUUGCAUUAUUAAUUUUAAAUCAACCAAUUAGUGAAAUAAAUCAGAAUUUUGUCAAGAAGGCUUGGUCAAGUGCUAAGCUUUCUAUAGCAGUUGAUGGUGGUGCAAUUCAACUAAAAGAAAUGUCCGAUAGUAAAACAACUUUAGUGCCCAAUAUUAUAUGUGGUGAUUUUGAUUCAGUGACUAAAGAAGUUCUUAAUUUUUAUCAAGAAAAGAAUGUUGAGAUAAUUCACACACCUGACCAAGAUGAGACAGACUUUACAAAGGCUCUAAGAGUUGCUUUAAAAUUUCUGAAGGAAAAUCAUUUGCAGGUUUCUGCAAUUGUUGCUGUUGCUCAAAAUGGAGAUAGAUUAGAUCAUUUACUUGGAAACUUAAACACUUUAUACAUUGCUGAAAAAAUGACUUUGAUGCCUGUGCUUAUCUUAGGAAAUGCAUCUUUAACAUGGCUUAUUUCUCCUGGGCAUCAUAAGAUUCAUGUUUCAGAAAAAAUGAUUGAUUCUCAUAUUGGAUUGAUUCCUUUGGGAAAAGAAUGUUCUAACGUUUCAAGCACAGGCUUGAAAUGGAAUCUAAAUCAUGAUAAAAUGAAAUUUGGAGACCUGAUUAGUACUUGUAAUUUGUUUGACGGUAGUGGUUUAGUAACUGUUACAACAGAUACUGAAUUAUUGUGGACCAUGGAAGUUAAUAUUAGUGAGAAAUAAUAGUAAUGAGCAAGUUUGGUCUGUUGUUACUUAUGUUAAGUUUUUGAAAAUAUAUUUUCUUAUGUAUUAUCUUUUUUUUUUUUUUAAAUUAAGAACUGUCUAGUUAUUUCCUUAAUCAAGUGCAGUUUGAUAGCAAGUACUUAAAAUGGAAUAAAAUACUUAUUUCACUGUUGUGUUUACAAAUGCACUCAGUUUGGGAGUGAAUUUUGUUGUUAUACUCUUGUUUUAGUUUGAACCAAAAUUAUCAUACAUUUAACAAGGCUGUGGUAAUUAUAUUUGUUACUCUUUUUCAUAGCACAAUUUAUUUUAAAAAAUCCUUGUAUAUUUGUAUUUCUGCCUUUGCAGAGUGUAUUCUAUUUCUAAUUUAUUGAGAUUUAGUAUUACUUUUCUUUUCUAGUUGUUUUUGUUUUCAAAGUAUUUUUUUUUUUGCGUUUUUGUUGUUAACAGGGAUGUGCCAGCUGCACCAAUCGCCAAUCCUGCACCAAACUGCUCCAAAAGACCGCCAAAUGAACUUUUCUGAGCCAAAAUUGGACAAACUUGCUCCAAAACUGCAAUUUUGCAUUUAAUGUUGCAGUUCCUGUAGCAUAUUUGGCAGAAUAUCAUAGAGUUCACACAUUUGGAGCUUGUUUUUACGAUAUUUUGGCUUAGCCCCGAUUUUUUGUGAAUUUCAUAAUCGGAUUGCAUCCACUUUUGAAAAACUCUAUCAUUUUAAUUUUUCAUGUGAUUCUUUUCCUUUAACUAGAAAAAUUUUGCACUGAUCAUUAUUUUCAACCUUUGUUAUCUUUUGUUUUCAGUAUAUGAGGAUUUGUAAAUUCGUCUUCUUGUCACGCCCACUCGAAAAUGUCAACCCAGUUGCAUCCAAAUUGAUUUAGCGAAUGCCAUCUGUAAAAAUUAAUAUUGUUCCCCAGUUUUUAAUCUUGGGUUUCUUAAAAUUUUAAGACAGAAAAUUGAUCUCCAGUUUUGGUUAGAGACACUUUUAAGAUAGCAAAAAUCUGGAAAAUCUAAUGCUCUGGUAAUGAAUAUGCAGACAUUUCAAGUUUCUUAGGUUCAAGCAUUUUUUCCACAUUCUUAGUCUGUCUUAAAAUGUUUAUUUAUUCAUUUAUUUAUUUUUCUUUUUUCACAUUUUCCCUAUUUUUUUCACAUGUGUUUAAAAAAAUUCCUUUUCUGUGACAUCUUUUCUCAAAAUCAUUUUUUUUCCAUUGUAAUUCCAUUAUUAAUUUUGUGAUUAAAUAUCAAACAGUUAAAAUAAAAAGUUUUAAUGUUGCCUUUGCCUUUGCUUGAUAUUUGCAAUUUUAUUGCUUCAGGCUGCUCCAAAUUUGCAAUUUUACUGCUCUAAAUUCACCGUUUUGCUGUUCCAAACUCACCAUUUUCCUGCUCCCAAGAUUGCUCCAAAAGCAAGUUUUGGUCGGCACAUCUCUGUGUUAAGUUUAAUUUAUAAAUGUUGAUAAGAAGUACAUAUGUUCAUCAGAAAAACAUAUGAAAUCUAAAUGUGUUGUAUGACUGAUAAAGUAUAGUCACAGUUUAUAAUAAUACCUCCAAUUCUAUUUCAUGCUUAACAGUGUACCAAAUAAAUUUUCUUCGGAAUAUUAAGACUGCCUGAAAUAUUGUGUGAGAGAAUUAAACAAUAUUUGAUGUUUUGAUCCAAAUAAGCUGGAAAUUUGAUAACCUGGCAGUAGUUUAUUCCUGCUAAUACAGGAACAUAAUCUACAAUUUUUAACAACGUGGCAUAUUUUUCAAACAUAGAAAUUGAACUAGUGGGACAUUAAAUUUAAUUGCAAUUUUAAUCUUUGUUAACUGAUGAAAAUUAAAAUUGAUUGAAAAUUGUUUCUUAACUUGAAUCUUAUAUGCAAUAAAAAUAUUUUUUACGAAGUUUUUGACAUUUUAUAGGCCUACAAGAACAAUACUUGUGGUGCAACAAAUUAGACUUGGACUGUCAAUUUUUAUUCAGAAAUUAAUUUAAUUAUACUGAAAAAAAAUGUCAUAACAGAUGCAUACUAUUUAAUUCAGAAAAUUUUUGAAAAAAAUCAAAGCAAAAUUGUAAAUAAAGAUUAAUGUGCAAUGUUGUAUCUGUAAUAUUAAUUAUGAAUUUAAUAAUAACUUUACAUACAAAUUUUAGUAAAAUUCAUUGAAAUAUAAAAUCAUUCCUAGCCAACCCCAUCAAAUCCACAAAACAUUUGGCAGCUUAACUGUAUAUAUGUCAUUAUUUUUUAAUAAUUUCUUGGCUCAAGAAGUUAUAAAAUGGGAUAAAAUGUUGAAACACCGGUUGUGGUUAGUAAAAUAAAUUUGAAAUACAGUAAUAUCAUCACAGCAAAUAUCAAUACAACAAAAUUAAUGUUCAAUCCUGUUUCAAUUGGCAUUAAUCACUGGAAUUCCAUUGCAACAAAAUUCCCAUAAGAAUGAACAAAAUUUGGUUCGUUGUAACAGGUUUAACUGAAUAUGUAUGUUUUUUGAAUGCUUGUUGAUUUUUUUCUCAUGUAGUGUUUGAAAUGUAUUAUUUUUAUGUUACAUUAAAACUAUCCACCGAUUUUAUAUUUGUUCAAUUUAAGUUUUUCCUUAGAUAAUAUUGAAUGAAAAUAUGUUGAUGAAUGAAUGUACUGAUUUAUACUUUUUCUUGUAAGCAAUUUGGGCUUCUUUAAAAAAAAAAAAUCUCAAAAUUUUUAUCUGCAAAAUUCUGCCCCCAUGUUUUAGUACAAAUAUAUAAAUUUUAUUUUUGUAGUUGCAGAUGUACUUAUUUUUUUUUAUACAAUCUUCAUAAAAAGAUAAUUUGCAAGUAUUAAAAUGUGGUAAACAGCAUGUUGAUUUUCUGUUGAAAUUUACCAUUUGUAUGACAAGUUCAUUUGUUGUGUUGAAAUGCCUACAUUUAUUAAAUUAUCUUGCAAGUUUUUAAUAAAAGGAGCUUAAUCUGUUC